GUACCUAAUCUGGUAAACCUACGUUUAUUUUUAAUUAUUUUUAUUUUUCUUACCUCUUGCCUUUCUUACAUACCUUUCAUCUACGUUCAACCGCUUAAUCGUCGUCUCUGAUUCCCUAAUUCAACACACGGGAAUUAAAAAAAAGGAAUAAAAAGAAAAAAAGCCAUCCGGUCAGCUCUCGAGACAUCAGUUAUCAUUUAUCGUUUAGGUAUCGUUGUACCUAAGUACCCAGUACCCUUGUGGCCCCAAAAUCGAUCAAGGUUCCUCUGUGUGUCUUGUCUUGUCAUUCGAAGGUGACACAGGCAUCCCCGCCUUUCAAGGUUCCUGUCCCAGGUCCUCGAUUCUCCGCCGACCGACCUAUCGGAUACCCUGCCUCUACGGAGUACAUCAUUUACAUCCACUUUGACGUCCAGGUCCCGACCUAAGCCUUGGUCGUUUCCAGAGACACGCGAACUUUCUAACUGGUCUUCUCUUCGACUUCACUCACGCCUGUUGCCUUGUGCAUCUUUACCCCCUUUUCCAUCAACGAACCACCAUCUUUUAUCAUCCACACCCGCCCUAUAUGUGUACAUGACGAAUACUCGAGCUACCGAUUCCAUCCCGAUUCCCUUAUAAGCCCCCGGGCUGCAUUAACCACAGCUUCCUGUCAUAGCUCAAUCCACACAGGAAGUCAUGGCUGAUCCUCGAGCGCCUUCGGGCUCGUCUUCUCGUCGUGGGAGGGCUACCGAAGAUGUCGUUGGUCAGUUUAUUAUUGGUUCUGAGAUAGGUAAAGGUAGCUUUGCCCAAGUAUAUAUGGGCAGACAUAAGGUAUCCGGUGCUCUAGUCGCUGUCAAAUCUGUAGAGCUUGGCCGAUUGAACAAGAAGCUGAAGGAGAACCUCUAUAGCGAAAUCAAGAUCCUCAAGAAGCUCCGACAUCCACAUAUCGUCGCCCUCCAUGACUGCGUCGAAUCAUCGACCCACAUCAACCUGAUGAUGGAAUACUGUGAACUGGGUGACUUAUCAUUGUUUAUCAAAAAGAGAGAAAAGCUGAUCACACACCCUGCCACAUGCGAUAUGGCUCGAAAGUAUCCUAGCGUCCCCGGUGCCGGCCUCCACGAAGUAGUUAUCCGACAUUUCCUCAAGCAACUUGCUAGCGCUUUACAAUUUCUGCGAGAAGGCAACUUUGUCCACCGGGACAUCAAGCCCCAAAACCUCUUACUACUUCCAUCGAUCCAACAUAGGCAAACGAAUAAGGAUAGUCGUCCGAUCCUGAGCGCUAGUCACGAUUCAUUAAUACCGGCUGUUGGGAUACAGUCGCUACCGAUGUUGAAGCUAGCUGAUUUCGGCUUCGCCCGAGUUCUACCAUCAACCUCCCUGGCUGAGACGUUGUGCGGGUCUCCUCUUUACAUGGCCCCCGAAAUCCUUCGCUAUGAGCGAUACGAUGCCAAGGCAGAUUUAUGGUCUGUUGGAACUGUCGCAUACGAGAUGAUAUGCGGCAAACCACCAUUCCGGGCUAGCAAUCACGUCGAACUCCUAAGAAAGAUUGAAAGCUCGGAUGCCCAGAUCCGGUUUUCUAGGGAAUGCCAGGUCAGCGCGGACCUCAAAGCCAUGAUUCGCGCCCUUUUGAAGCGCGCCCCGGUCGAGAGAUUAAGCUUCGAGGAUUUCUUUAGCCAUCGUGUUAUCGCAGGCGAAAUACCUGAUUUAGUUGAGGACGAUAUACCUCGAAUUCAAAGGCAGCCUUCUAGAGAGGUACGCCCUGCGCCUGGGACGGACGACUCUGACUUGAUACCGCGACGUGUGCCAUCUCAUCGCCGCUAUGGUACUGAUCCAGAUACGGUUCGUCAAGGUGCUAAUUCCCCCUCGCCUCGAGAGAGACCACUUAAGCCGUCACCUUUAUCUUCUCCAACCGAAUUUAGCCCGUAUGCUCAACUUCAUGACAUCUCGCAUAUCGUCGAAUCUCCCCGCGAGGAUAUUGCUCCGGGUCUUGGCAUCCGACGACCACAGGCGGUACCUUCUACGUCGGCGCCCACUCGACCAGAGUUGAUUGAAGAUCGUCGAAGACGGGCACCAUCCAAUGCUUCGCUUAACAAAUAUUCGCAUGGCCAAUCGCCUUCGCAUGACGAUGUCGGGAAGGGGAAGGGUAGAUCAGACCGUUCUGCGAUCGCUGAACGGGAAAGGGCUGCCCAAGAAAUUGCUUUUGAGCGAGAUUAUGUGGUUGUGGAGAAAAAACACGUUGAGGUGAAUGCAUUCGCCGACGAAUUGGCUGCCGAAGGGGCGCAAGCGCAAGCCUCAUCUCCCAGAUCGGGACAAAUCGCUCGUCGUGCCACCCAACAAGGUGCCCCAACAUCAACGACGGGUGCAAUUCCCGCUCAACCUUCCAAUGCUCUUCAAAUUGCACAGGGUAGACAGCGACCUGGACACUAUCGCCGAGGCUCGUAUGAUAGGAACGCGGGUGGCAUGUCUAGCAGUCCCCGUUCUACAACAUCCGCCAUCGCCAGUGCGAUUUCUGAUGCGAGCUUAAGGUUCCUCGGCAUCAAAUAUCCGUAUCACCUGCGUAGCAAAGGUGCAUCGCCCCCGCAUCCUUAUAACGCGUACCCGACGUAUCCCACUCCAACUGCCCCCGCUGGCCUUAUCACUGAUGGCCGUCAGGGUGGCCCGAUUGAUGAGGACUCACGUGUUGCUCAAGCUAUCGAGGAUUGUGCGACACAGAGUGAUGUUGUUUGGGGGUUUGCCGAAGUCAAGUACAAACAACUUGUACCAUUAGCUCCAUCAAUGGAACAUGGCCUUGGUGGGAUACCCGCCGAUAGGAUAGCAACGGAAGAAGAAGAUGGCCUUACGGUAGAAGCAAUUGUAGCGCUCUCGGAGGAAGCCCUUGUUCUUUACGUAAAAGCUCUUUCGCUGCUCGCGAAGUCAAUGGAUAUUGCGAAUUUAUGGUGGACGCGCAGAAAUCGUCCCGAACCAACCUCGGCACAGCACGUCAUAAAUCGCGACGCGACGAGCAUUCAUAACUUGAUACAGCGAGUGAACUCGGCUGUCCAAUGGGUUCGGAAGCGGUUCAACGAGACUUUAGAAAAGGCCGAGGUGGUACGACUGAAGCUGCUCGAGGCCCAGAAAUUGCUUCCGGAAGAUCACCCAAGCCACCCCGUAAAUAACCAGCUGGAAAUCGCUCUGGCAGGAACCUCUAGUACCGACGGCAUCGUGUUGACGGCUGGUCUUAGCGCUGAAAAGUUGAUGUACGAAAGGGCUCUUGAUAUGAGUCGCACUGCUGCUAUCAACGAGAUCGCUAACGAGGAUUUGCCUGGGUGCGAAAUCUCGUACAUGACGGCCAUCCGCAUGCUAGAGGCGGUACUAGAUAACGAUGAGGAUUUUUCGAAGCGUAGACUUUCGGGGUCCUCAAAGACCGAACGUGACAUUAUUCGGGAAGGUUCAUCGUCCGACAUCAACUCGGACGAUCAACAAGCAGUUCAUAAGAUGAUCCAAAUGAUCAAUAACAGACUCACGGCUCUCCGAAAGAAAUUACAGAUGAUAGCAAACGCCUCGAAGGCGCAACAAACCUUACUCCGAAAGCGAAGCGGCGACGUUACCCCGCGGAGUGUUCCUAUAGGUGCUUAAUGACACCAAAAGGACACCAUUUCUCACGACGUAUGAUGACACGUAAAAGAUUGCACUACAACUAUUUUCGCCCCGCGGCCUUCAUAAUUUGUUUAUUACGACUUGCCACUGCCCAUGAUUGGCGGUGGUGAGUCUCAUCGUUCUUGGUAGGGCUCAUCAUUUGGCGUUUGGGCGGCCAACCCGUUCAGUUUCAUUAUACUUAUAAGCAUUCAAAUAUUCAUUUUUAUUAUCGCCGUCGAAUCGGCAUUCUUCACUUCGGACGAAUACGCUUUUUUAGGGACUCAGGGCGCAUGCCUACUGGAUGAUAAGGGCGUCACUCGGUCUUACGUGUAAGAUGGCGUGUCUGCGCAGAGUAUACUCUGCCGCAAGAGUCUGGCGUAAAAGGCGGGGACAAACGGCACCACGAUUACGCGGUAUUGGUUUGCCAUCAUCCUAUACACGGGCGGUAUAGGUUCCCAGACUACUACAGUUUGGCAUCUUUUUCUUUGCA